AUGUCUUCCUCAUUCCCAUGGUGGCGCUAUAUCCUUCUGAUAUCAUGCCUGUUCUACCCCCGGGUCUAUUCCCGUGCAGUGUUCGCUCAUUUCAUGGUGUCGAACACGGCCGGGUAUGAACUCUCGGACUGGGAAAAUGAGAUCAAGCUCGCGCAGGAUGCUCACAUUGACGCAUUUGCUUUGAAUAUUGCCGCUGGAGAAGACACCACCUCCACUUCCAUGCCCACUGCUUGGUUAGCGGCUCAAAACCUCGGGUUCUCGCUUUUCUUCUCGUUCGACUAUGCAGGAAAUGGACCUUGGGAUAAAGAUGACGUGCUUGCUCUUUUGGUGCGAUAUGUCGCCCUUGACACCUAUUACUUCCACGGUGAAGAUCCACUAGUCUCGACAUUUGAAGGACCCGGCAAUGCCGAUGAUUGGGUGGAUAUCAAAUCAGAGAUGUCGUUCUUCUUUGUUCCGGAUUGGUCGUCAGUUGGGGCCAAAGCUGCUAUGGCCUUGGGAGACGGCGUUGCAGACGGGCUGUUUAGCUGGGCUGCGUGGCCAAAUGGUCCGAAUGAUAUGAACACCUAUGUUGACGCCUCUUAUAUGCAAUACCUGGACAAGAAGGCAUACAUGAUGCCAAUUUCGCCGUGGUUCUUCACAAACAUGCCUGGGUAUAAUAAGAAUUGGCUCUGGCGUGGUGAUGAUCUGUGGUAUACGCGGUGGGAGCAAGCGCUCUACCUAGCCCCGGAAUUUAUCGAGAUCAUCUCUUGGAACGACUUUGGGGAGAGUCACUACAUCGGUCCCACUGUUGAUUACCACAAUCCACUGGCCGAUUCGAUGUACACGGCGUUUGAAACAGGGAAUGCCCCUUACAACUAUGUUGAAAGCUUUGAUCAUAGCGGCUGGAGACAAUUCUUGCCCUACCUCAUUGACCUCUACAAGUUUGGUAACACCACCUCAGGUAGCGAGGGCCUUGUGGCGUGGUAUCGUUUGAAUGCAGCAGGUGCGUGCGCCGAUGGCGGCACCACCGCUAAUACCGCCUCGCAGCUGCAGCUGGAGUAUUGGCCCAAAGAUGUGAUGCAAGAUAAGAUCUUCUAUUCAGCACUGCUGUCACAACCUGGAGAUAUCUCUGUUACCGUGGAUGGCGUGAACCUUGGCGCAACCUGGACCAACACCCCUAGUGGUAAUGUUGGUGUCUAUCAUGGAAGCGUCUCUUUUGCCGGUCACUCCGGAGGCGUGAUACUGAGCGUGACUUCCCCAAGUGGUUUGCUCACAGUCGAAGGCAAUGACAUCAGCAGUGGAUGUUCUGAGGGUAGCGAAGUCGAAAAUUGGAAUGCAUGGGUUGGUUACACCAUGGGAAACUCGCUCGCUGGAACAUCUCCUGACCUUGUCAAGCAAGUCUGUAUUUCCGGAUGGGGAAUGGGGGAUUUCAACGGACUUUGUGGAUUUGCCUGUAGCUUGGGAUACUGUCCUGUUGGGGCGUGCGUGUGCACCAAGAGAGGACCUCAGCCAACAUUACCCCAAUCUACAGGUAUCAUCGGCUAUCCAGCUGCAGGCAAAAAUGCUAAUUAUGCUGGUCUCUGUUCGUUCACCUGUAACUACGGCUAUUGCCCGCCAACUGCCUGUGGAACUGUCGAGGUUCCACUAACGAUUCCGAAGGUUUCUCCGUUCACUCCUGACGCAUGUGUCGCAGGCACUGGAGAGGGUGAAAUGACUGGUCUCUGCAGCUUUGGUUGUAACUACGGCUAUUGCCCUAUUUAUAAUUGCACUUGCACAGCCACGGGCCCUUUGAUCAAUCCUCCAGCUCAAAACACUUCCAUCAUCGGCUGGGCAUCAGAGGCCAAUGAUAACGGCCUUUGCAGCUUUUCCUGUACCAGAGACUAUUGUCCUUUGCCGGUAUGCUUGAACAUGAUCCCUGAAGAUGAUCCCUGUGGAUAUUCGGACGGGGAAAGUGAUGAGUGCGCCGGCACUUUCCCUUGCGAUUUCAGCAUCAACUACUCAUCUCUUGAUGCGCUGGAAGCAGACAUUGACGACUUGGAUCCUUACUGUAUUCAAUUCUACACGCUGGGUGCACUGUAUGGGGAGCUGGAGGCUACCUUGGCCAACUAUACAGACCUUAUCCAUGAAGCCAACUACGAUGAAGACUUCAAGUGGUACUCAAAAUAUAUGAUAGACCAGGUUCAGCCUCAGCUCAUGUAUUUCAUGAACGUCAGCAGGAUUGCUUCGGAGCCCAGUGGCGUGGGCAAUCGGUUUUUCGAAUGUACGUAUAGCACGUUAACCAGAAAUGGUUCAAGAGAAAGCUGUCCAAAUGAGUAUCUUGGAUCAUCAUCCCAGACACACAUCAUCUACUACGACAUCAUGGACCGGGAAGGCUUCUAUGGGAAUCUUACUGCCGAAACUGGCGUGGAGCCAGACUGGGUAGUACUCGAUGGUGGCUUGUUCCUUGGUCAGAAACAGGAGCCUUACUAUGGGAGCAGGCCUUCAUGCGAUCUGACUGCAGCAUCACCGGAUAGAUGCAUUUGGUGGCAGGGAUUUCCCGUUCGAGCCAAAGAAAUCAGUAUCCCAGACCCACGGGAGAUCAUGAGAAAGGCUCUGCCAAAUAUCCCCAACCUCCAACUCUCAAUCUCUAUUACCCAGAUGAGUAUUAUAUCUGGAAGCUUUGACGGUGUGAUAGAUGAUGUUGUUCAGACCAUCUCUACCGCUGUAUUUGCGCUAAGUGAGAUGGUCGAUCGUGUAUACAAUGUUGUCGCCAUCGGUGAGAAAGUUGCCGCUGAAGAAAAGAAAGAACUUAUUCUGAGAAUUCUUGGUGGUGUAUUUAUGGCUAUUCCUUUCCUUGGCCCAAUUUCGGGGCUUGGAAAUGUCAUCAAAGGUCUUGAUGCAAUACUUGCCUUGACUGGGACCAUCGCAAACGAAGCCCUUGAUAUCUACAGUAUUGUGCAGAACCCCGAGAGUGCCCCGGUGAUGAUUCUUGGUAUGAUGUUGGGCUUCAGCUCUGGUUCGUCGGUUGGCAGAAUUAGUGAUGAAUCAUUGGGGGGCAUUCAAUACAGUGCUAUGUCUAAUUCACGGCGCAACAUGAAAAGCGCUGAGAUAAAGGCGUUUGGACAUGUAUUUGAAGGCAAGACGAAUCAACUUCAUUCCAUCGUGAAAAAGUGCUUGAGACGUUGA